AUGACAGGAAUCUACAUCCUCCCCUCAUGUUUUCCUCAAAGUUACCGCAUUGUUAGAGAUGCAAAGACCUGGACUGAAGCCCAGAGAUACUGCAGGGAGAAGUACACCGACCUGGUUACCAUAAACAGUGAGGAAGACAUGAUCAGGCUGAGUCACUUGUUAUGGGAUGAUGAUGAUGAAGUCUGGAUAGGUCUGCAUAGUGAUUUUAACCAUUGGAAGUGGUCUCUGAAAAAGGAGGGAUUUUAUAAAGAAGGUGAGGCUGAGUUCAGGAAUUGGAACGUCAAUGAGCCCAAUGCCGACACGGAUAAAGACAAGUCCUCUGUCUGUGUGGACAUAGGAACAAAUGGACAAUGGUCGGAUUAUUUUUGCAGAGGAAGCCGCUGGUUUAUCUGCUACAAUGAAUCUUCAGAAACUAAAUACAUCUAUUUGAGAAAAGCCAUGAAUUGGACCGAUGCUCAGAGCUACUGCAGGAAGCACUACACAGACCUUCCCAGUGUGAGGAACAUAACUGAGAACAAGGCGAUCCAAAAUAUCGUGGAAGGCUAUUCAUGGAUCGGCCUGUACAGAGACCCAUGGAAAUGGUCAGAUGGUGAGGUUAGGCAUAUAAAUUCAUUCAACAACUGGAAAGCGGGUCAGCCUGAAAAAACAAUGAAUUCCUGUGUGACUACAACAUACAGUAAAUGGAAUACACGACUUUGUAACGACGAAUAUGCCUUUGCCUGCAGCGUUAAAGUGAGUAAGCAGACAGUGAAGGUGAUGCUUACAAAAUCAGACUUCUCUGGGGACCUGGAAGAGAUGCAGGAUGAAAUCUUGGAGCAGUUCAACCAGAGACUGAAGGACCAUGGCCUGGAGGAAUUCAAACUGAAAUGGAUAAAACAGCCUGACGGAAAGAUCUUCCACUUAAAAGAAACAGAAGAUCAAGAUGAAAAAUAA